AUGUUUUCUCAUCUCAAUCACGGAAUUGUUGCCAUUGAUUUCGGAGGAUCACAUUGUCGAGUGGCUGUCUAUCUCGAAGAUCAUGUUGAAUACAUUCCAAAUAAAUUGGGAAAUUAUGAAACUCCAACGUGUAUAGCCUUUGUUUCUUCCUCUUCAUUAUUGGAUGACUCAUCUAUGAGUAAUAGUAGAAUAUUAAUUGGAGAGGAGGCUUUGGAGUUUUAUAGUAAAUCGGAGGAUCCAUAUUGUUUAUUCUGGGAUUUUAAACAAUUAAUUGGAAAGGCUUGUGAUGAUGAAGAUGACGAAUUAAUAUUGAAAAGUAAUGAGUGGCCAUUCAGAAUUAUUAGAAAGCAGGACAAGACAAUUCGUUUGAGUGUUUGUAAAGAGGAGGAGUAUGAGGAAAUAUCUGUUAAUGAAAUGAUUGGAUUAAUUCUUAAACAAUUGAAGGAGGAUGCUGAAAGAUAUUUGAAACGAGCAGUGACGGAUUUGGUGGUUUCAAUUCCGAAUUACUUUUCGAAUCAUCAGAGAAUUGAAAUGAAGAAAGUCGUGGAAAGUAUUGGAGUGACAAACAGUAGACUCGUUCAUGAUACAUCUGCAGCUUGCUUCCAGUAUAUUUGGAAAUACAGAGGGGAAAAGAGGGUUUUCGUAUUUGAUUUGGGAAGGUCAGGAUGCUCUGCUUCAGUGUUCUUGGUGGACAAUGGAGUUGUGGAUACAAAAAGUAGUGAUGGUCUCCCUAACCAUGGUGGUGCAAAGCUAGACGAAAGUUUAGUGAGCUAUUGUUGUGAGGAAUUUUAUAAAUUAUUCAAGAAACGACUACAGGAGAAUCCUGUUUCAAUGAGGAAGAUGCAAGUUGCAUGCGAGGAAGCCAAGAAGAAAUUAUCUACUGAAUUGCAAACACAACUAUCUAUCAAAUCACUAAUGGAUGGAAUUGAUUUUGAGAUUGUGCUAACUCGUUCUAAAUUUGAGGAUUUGAAUACUGAUUUCUUUUCAAAAUGUUUAUCCCUUGCUGAUAAGGUCAUUCGAAGAGCAAAUUGUUCCAAGGAAGAAAUAGCCGAUGCAAUAAUUAUUGGAGGAGGAUGUGAAAUACCAAAACUAAAACAACUCAUUACAACCUAUUUUUGUAAAUCCAUCCAUCCAAGACCUAUUUAUCCAAAUCCAGUUGUUUUUGGAGCUGCUAUCCAAGGUGGUAUAUUAGCAAAUUUUGAAAAAGAUCUUCUCCUCAUUGAAGUUACAAGCCGAAACAUUGGAUGUGAGAUUAGUAUAGGAGGAGAUUUAAUGAUACUCCUUAAAAAGGACAAUUCCAUUCCCUGUAGUUCAGAAAGAGAAUUCUCCCUCCCGCCAAAUCCAAACAAUCAAAAGAAAGCAGUUUCACUCAAAAUAUAUGAAGGUGAUUCGAAAAAAGCAAGUGAUAAUGAGCUGAUUGGAAUUGUAAAGAUUACUGAGAUAACAGAGUUAUCUUCUAGUAAUAUUUCACUCACGUUUGGACUUGAUACAGAUGGCAUCCUUUAUGUACAAUCAAAAUCUAAGAAACCCAAAGUAAUAUUUGAAAGUACUCAUUAG